AUGUCGUGGGCAGCAUUGGUGAAGAGUAUAAAGCCGGAGGAGGCUGCCAAGUUCACGGCAAAGCCACAAAAUACGGUGUACGCUGUCGACUCAUCGCAGGACGAUGCUGAGCGGCGACUGCAGAACCCGCAGCAUGAGACGGCGGAGCUGAAGCUUCCAUCGUUUUCCAAAGGUCUUCUCAUUUUAGACGCUAACGCCAUCAUUAAGGGCAUGGACAACUUUGUCUCCACCGCUGACGCGCUGGUGACGACACCACAGGUGAUUAGGGAGAUCAAGGAUCGUGCGUCGCGCGAGCUGCUGGAACGACUACCCCACAAGGUGACGGUCCUGGACCCUACCCUGGAGGCAAUCGCCGCCGUGGUUGCUUGUGCGGAGCGCACUGGAGAUUUUGGUGCCAUGUCCCGCACUGACAUUCGCCUCUGCGCGCUGGCCCUUGACUGUUGCAAGGUUGGAGGAUUUCUUGGCGAACCGAUCGAGCCGCGUCCGCCGCAGCUGAAUCCUGGAAACCACGAGAAGGUCCAGUUUAUGACAGAGGAGGUGGAUGAAGACGAAUUGGAUGACGAGGCGGAGAGAUCCGAGCCAGCACCUGCACAGGGCGCCUCUUUGGGUGCGAUGCCGGGAUGGGGUAGCUGGAACGACGAGGCGAAGGAGACCGAUGGUGAGGGCAGUGCAGGUGUUGCGGAGAAGGACGAUGGUGAGGGGGAGUGGAUCACACCGGAGAACAUCCGAGAGAUCCAUGACGGAACGCGCGGCACCGGGCGUACCUUUGAGGCCGGCAUGGCCUGUGUCACGUCUGACUACGCCAUGCAGAACACGCUCAUGCAUCUCGGCGUUCCAAUCGUGGGCACCAAUGGCCUACACAUUCACGAGCUACGUCUUUGGAUGAUGCGCUGCACAGCCUGCUUCACCCUCGUCGUUGACACUACCCGUCAAUUCUGCCCUGAGUGCGGCUCCGGUGACACCUUGCGUCGAGUUAACUACGUCGUGAAUGACCAGGGUGAGGAGAAGCUCUACAUCAACUUUCGAAAGCGCAUCAGCACGCGGGGCACCAUCUACAAUCUGCCAAAGCCGCGCGGCGGCAUUCGUGGCACGAACCGCAACCUCGUGCUCCGUGAAGAUCAACUGGCUCACGUCAUUCGUGGCACAACGAGUAGCAAGGUGAAGGCCCAUCAGGUCAUGCAGAAUGGCGACGACGCCCUCGCCACCUUCGGUGAAACACCGAAGGCGAAGAAGAAGAACUUGGCUGACCCACGUGCGUACUCGUCUUAUCACAAGUACAAUGUCAAUGAGAAAAAGAAGGUGCGCGCUGCUCACCGCAAGUAA